UCCAUGUCAUUUCCUGUAAUAAAAAGAUGGUGGUCAUAGCAGAGAGAAGCAGCUGACUGUGGUACAAACAUUUGGAGAUGAUAAACUUUGCAUCGCCCGGGACUAGUGAAAUCCCCCCGUGCCGUAGCCUCGCCGCCGCGGUCCUCGGAGCGGCCGAAACCGAGACGCGCCGCGGCUGAAGAAGACCACCAAAGACCCCGCGACGCACUGCGUAUAUCCUAUAGACGCGUUAAUAUGUCGAAGUGAAACGGAGACUCCAUCCUGCCCAGAUCAUGGCAGAUUCCUCUGCCAAUCCAGAUCAUUCCUCCAUGGAAGCUGAAGGGGAAUGCAGCACCAGUGCCUCAAAUGAGAAGUCAACUGAAGAGCCAAACAAAAGGCUAAAAGUAGAGCAUGAGCGUUAUUCCAGUUUUUGGUUCUGUGAGGAGUGCAAGAAGUAUUACCUGGAGGAUUGUCCUACUCAUGGGCCGCCUGUCUUUGUGCCAGACACCCCUGUGGCUUCAGGGGUGCCCAAUCGGGCGGCUCUCACUGUACCCUCAGGCAUCGAAGUGCGCAGAAAUGGCGAGAAGGUGGAUGUCUACUGCAUGGAUGAAAACAUACCAAAGGGGGCGCUGUUUGGUCCUUAUAAAGGCCAAAUAAUGGCCUCCGAUAAACCUUCAGGGCCGUACUCUUGGAUGAUUGUUGAUAAGGACAGCAAAUAUAAAUUCAUCGAUGGGAGUGAUGAAGCCACAGCUAACUGGAUGAGGUUUAUUCAGAUUUCUUCUGAUGAGAGUGAACAGAACCUGAGUGCGUUUCAACAUGGCGAUCAAAUCUACUUUCGAGUGUGUCACAGACUGACGGUGGGUGAGAAACUUGGUGUUUGGUACAGCAGCGAGUACAUGAAGCGACUGCAGAGUGUGUCCCGGGACAGCAUUGACCGCAAUCUGGACACAGGAGUAAAAUUAGAAGACCAGGAGGAGCCCAAAGGCCCAGUGUUAAGAUCUGCAAUGCACGGUAGAAGGACCCUAAGCAAGCAUGGAAGUGAUGAGGCGGAAAACCAGCCCCAGGCCAAGAAAAAGAAGAUUGACCUCAUUUUCAAAGAUGUCCUGGAAGCAUCUCUAGAGGCUAAUCAAAGUCAGACCAACCCCCUGAACAGCACCUUGUCUUUUCCAAGAACACGAACAAAUGUCUGCCAGGUAUUCUGUCAUCCUGACGCAGAGAGCAAAGAGUCCGUCUUCACCUCUGGGUUGGCUUCAAUUGAUCACCACGAGAUUGGCUUUGAUGGGAAAUGCAUUAAAAUGGAAAACAUGGAAGAGGAUGAGGCCUUGACCAGUGAAGGACCAUCAACAUCUUUCUGCCCAAAUUGUGUAAGGCUAAAACGUCGAAUCCGUGAGCUGGAGGCUGAAUUGCACCGUCUCAGAGGACAGGGGCAUGUGGAGGUUAAGCCUGUACCAGCUUCUGAGAUGCUUGCUGGUGAGGACCACAGAGACACCAUGACGCCCGUCGCAGCAGCCCUCGAGGAGGAUGACCAGGACGUUGAUUCUGCCGAUGAAUCUAUUUCUGCCGACCUUCUGGUGGCUGCAGACGAGUCUUCAAAACUCUCGGUGGGUUCGGGUCGUCGGAUUCGCAGAUUCAAACAGGAGUGGCUGAAGAAAUUUUGGUUUCUCCGUUAUUCACCUACACUGAAUGAGAUGUGGUGCCACGUGUGCCGCCAAUACACCGUCCAGUCCUCUCGCACCUCUGCAUUUAUCAUCGGCUCCAAGCAAUUUAAAAUCCACACCAUUAAACUGCACAGCCAGAGCAAUCUUCACAAGAAGUGUUUGCAGCUUUACAAACUUCGAAUGCACCCGGAGAAGACUGAGGAGAUGUGUCGUAACAUGAUGACUCUUCUGAAUGCUGCCUAUCAUCUUGCUCUGGAAGGACGGCCGUUUUCUGAUCUGCGCCCCUUAGCGGAGCUCCUCAAGAAGUGCGACCUCAAAGUGGUGGAUCAGUACAUGAACGAAAAUGACUGUCAAAUUCUCAUCCAACACAUUUCUCGAGCAUUUAAAGAAGAUCUGGCCGAGAAGAUUCGCCUUUCACCCUUCCUAAGCAUCAUCAUGGAUGGACAAAACGACGAUCUCUUGGCGGAUAUGGUUGCCGUUUAUGUCCAGUUCACCACCACUGAUGGGCUUCCUGCCACUGAGUUCCUCUCCCUACAGAGGCUUUGUGGAGGCAAUGUAGAAGGUUACCUUCAGGCUGUGGAUCGUGCCUUUGGAGUCCUUGGGCUAAGACUCCAGGACAUGCUAGUCGUUGGUUUGGGAAUAGAUGGUUCAAACAUUUCCUCUAGUUUAAGAGCUAAUCUUUAUGUAGCCAUUCGAAAGACAAUCCCAUGGGUGUUGUGUCUACCUGUGAUGAUCCAUCGCCCACAUUUAGAGGUUCUGGAUGCCAUUAGUGGGAAGGAACUGUCCUGCUUGGAGGAUUUGGAGAACAACUUGAAGCAAUUGCUUAGCUUCUACCGAUAUUCCCCACGUUUGAUGGCUGAGCUAAGGUCAUCAGCACCGACGCUGUCAGAGGAAACUGAGUUUCUUGGUGAUAUUCGAGCUGUUCGUUGGAUCAUAGGGGAACCCAAUGUUCUCAAUGCCCUAAUUAAGGACUAUCUGGAGGUGGUUGCUCAUCUGAAGACCAUAAGCAACCAAACACAAAGGGGUGAUGCUGCUGCCAUUGCUCUAUCUCUCUUACAGUUCCUUUUGGACUAUCAGUCAGUGAAGCUGAUUUAUUUUCUCCUGGAUGUCAUUGCUGUCUUUUCACGGCUUGCUUUCAUCUUUCAGGGUGAUUAUCUGCUGGUGUCACAAGUGGAUGCAAAAAUUGAGGAUGCCAUUCAUGAGAUUGGUCAACUGGUGGACUCCCCAGGGGAGUACCUGCAAGAAUUUGAGGACAAUUUUCGGGAGAGUUUUAAUGGGGUUGACCUCAAGAACUUAAGGGUUGCUGAGUCCAAAUUUCAGUCAAUUCGAGAAAAGAUCUGUCAGCAAAGUCAAUGCAUUCUGGCUCAGCGCUUUGAACCACGCAGUCGCACAGUGGUCCAGGCUUGUCAGGUCCUUGACCUGGCCUCAUGGCCUCUUAACAGGGAUGAUCUCGGUGCAUAUGGAGAAGAAGAGAUCCUUGUCAUUUUCGACCACCUGGAGACUGUUCCUUCAUCCGGCCGUGAACGCUCAAUCGAAAGAACAGAUGCCAGAGGAAGUAUCGUGGUUGAAUGGAGGGAUCUGAAAGCUGAUUAUUGUAGUGUUAAUGGUUUUAAAGAAGUCGUCAGCCACAUCUUCAGAUACAAGCAACGUUAUCCUCUUCUCAAUCACAUCCUGCAGAUUGUCAGAGUCUUGCCAACAUCUACAACAUGCUGUGACAAAGGAAGAGGCUCGUUGCAGAAAGUGCGCAGAAAUAGCCGCUCCAGACUGACUCUGGAUCAGAUCAACGAUUUGCUCACCUUGGCUGUCAAUGGGCCACCUAUCGGGAGCUUCGACGGAAAGCGGGCUUUAGACAGCUGGUUUGAAGAGAAAUCUGGGAACAGCUAUUCGCUUUCGACAGAGGUGCUGAGCAGAAUGUCCACCACCGAACAAAAGUCUGUGUUGCACAAUAUGGAUAUGAAUGCAGAGUUUUACCCUGAUGUUUGAUUGAUCGCAGCCAAUUUCUCAGCCAAUAUGAUUCCAAAAAGCCAUCUCGUUGGAAAAGGGCUGAUCGGGACUGUAAUGUGAUUGGCCAAGUAGUUUGACACUGGCCCUGCUGCUAAAUGGCCUAGAUCAGCAUCUUCUCUAAGAGUCAGUAUGAAUGCCUUUGCAGGUCGCAGGCACAUGAAACACUUUAAAAUGUUCAUGUAAAUGGUUGUAAUGUGUGUUUUUGUUCCAAAGAGAUGCUGUUUUCUAGGUAUGAGGAUCGUUACUGUUAGGUGAAUGUUCGAUUGAACACCAUUUCUUCAGGCAUUGGUGAGUGAACCUACCUUUUUUAGUCUCUGAAAAUGCCACCGUCUGAUUAAGAGACACACUUUCUGGAAAAAAAAAACUUCAGUAUUCUAUCUGCAAUAUAAUUUGAGCAAUCAAAAGCAUUUGUAUGUAGACUCGUGUGUUUGGAAAAUAGCAAAAAGUGCUUAAUUUUCAUAGCAUGUUCGUUACGUUAUCUUAUCACUAAUUGCAAUGGAAGUUGCCACUAUUUUGCCAUGCAGUAUAUUCCUAACAAUUAUGUAAUCUUGGUUUGUCAUUGUGCCAUAAUACAUUAUGCAAUCAGGCACCCGUAACGUGCUGUUUACACCCAAGCUGAUUGAAAGAUAUAUAGUAUGAGCCAAUAUGAGCCACUUCAAAUAAUUUUAUAGUGAAAUCUGAGAUCAUUUUACACCGAUUCUGCAUUAAACCAACAAAUAUAUCAAAUGUUUACUUAUUCAUGCUUCAUCAAAAUAAAUAGUCAAAUGUUUACUGAAAAUAGAAAACCAUUAACAUAUUAUAGCCCAAAUAGCAUUACUAUCCGUCUCCCUCAGCAAUACUUUUCACCUGAUACAUAAGAUUGUGCAUGAAGUCACCACUAGUAGGCGACACUGUACAACACUUUACUUUUGGAGGAAACCUUUCAGACAUUUAAGCACCUGAACAAAAAAUAGCUGUUUGGAAUCAAAGACAUAUAAGAACAAAGCUUUUGUAUUUUUGAUUGUAUGCGUUUGUGUAUUCAGUGCAUGCUCAGAAACAUUUUUUUUAAAGACGUUAUGUUCAGUUGUUAUCCUUGUCUUGCUACUAAGUUCCAUUGAUUUUAUUUUCCUGUGCAAUAUAUAUAUAUUACUUAAAUUGUGUAUUCUUAAAUAUAAGCAAAUUUAGUACUUACUAAUAAUGUUUCUGAAGUCCAAGCUUUGCAUUUUAAAGGCGAUUAAGCAUGUUUUACGAAAUUUACACUUUGUUUCUUCACAUUGCUGUACAAAUUUCCAUUUUUUUAAUCAUUACUUUUUAAAAAUGACUUUGUAAGGUCAAAAAAGUUGUGAUUGUUAUUAAAAACAUGACUUUGUAAUAGUCAUAUUUUUAAAUUUGAAAUAUAACAAUUUUAGUAAUAAAGUUGAUGUUAAAACAUCAUCGCUUUAGAAAUACAGUAAACACUACAUUCAUUUAUCAAUCUCAAACAAAUACAUGCAGUAAUAUUGAACGUUACCUGACAAAAGUCUUGUCAUUGAUCCCAGUCGUAAGAGCAACAAAUAAUAACUUCUAGUUGAUCAUUUGUAAAAGUGGCAGAAGGUAGAUUUUUCAUAUGAAUCAUCUGUUGAACUGCAUCCCAAUCAUCACAAAUAAUGGCAACAUCAACAGCCUGAGGUUUCAAGACAUUUGUGCUGCCCAUUACAUUACAAACCACAAGAGAGGGCAAAUAGCAGCACGAUAGCGCUACUUCAGCCUCCACAUCAAAGUUCCUGAAAGCAAAGAAGGUCAAGGUGCUGCAAGAUUGGCCAGCCCAGUCACCAGACAUGAACAUUAUUGAGCAUGUCUGGGGUAAGAUGGAGGAGGCAUUUAAGAUGAAUCCAAAGAGUCUUGAUGAACUCUGGGAGUCCUGCAAGAAUGCUUUCUUUGCCAUUCCAGAUGACUUUAUUAAUCAGUGAUUUGAGUCAUUGCAGAGAUGUAUGGAUGCAGUCCUCCAAGCUCAUGAUGGAGUCAGACACAAUAUUCAUUCUUUUUCCACUGCAGCAUGACUUUAUAUUCUAUACUGUACAUUAUUUCUGUCAAGUGACAAGACUUUUGUCUAAGCAAUGUCAGACCUUACUGUCCUAAUAAAACAAUUAAAAAUUAAAGCAUGAUUAUGUUUUAUUUUGGUAAAAUAAGCGUAAUCUAGAGGCCUUUGCCUUUCAUAUGAGCCACUUCGGAUACCAAAUGAUCAACUAGAAGUCAAGUUAUUAUUUGUUGUUCCUAAAAUUGGAUAGGCGACAAGUCUUUGUCAGGCAGUCUAUUGACUGAAGUCAAGCAGUUUAAUGCCGUCUUUUAGUUACAUUAACCUUUUCAUUUUCUAGAGUCAGUGCACUUCUGAACAUUUAGCAUGUUUAAAGACUCAGAAAGCUUGUUUUUUAUGGAAAAUGUUUCAGUGAAUCCAUUUUUAUUGUUUAAAUGAAUGUACAUUUCAAAAGCAGUGAUUUAGUCAAAAGAUUAUUAUCAUUUAAUAUCUUAAACUGUCAUCUCAAAGUAAGUUUUGUUAGCAUUUCUUGUCUUGAUGAGCAGUUGUUGUCAUAACAUAUAUAGCAAUAGGGUUAAUAAUAAGUGAGCUGCCAAAAAAAUCUGAAUCUAUUUUAUUUUAUUUUUUAAAUGUAUGUGAAUGCUUUUGAAUGUUAGACUGUUACCUCACAGUGAGGUAUGCCAUAUCUUCUCAUAUUGUGUUGGGAGUUACAUGCCGUAGUUGUGUCAAAGCAAAUGUUUGCUCAUCUUCAAUGGUGAAUUCUCAUAAAAUGAGCCAAAGUCCGCUUGAUUUAGUUUCAUAAAGGCUUUACUAUAUAUGUUUCCCCUUUCGUCAAUGCUAUGUGUACCAAAUGUAAAUUUCUAGAUUGAUGAUUUUGUAUUUUCCUGAUUUAUGUGUCAUGUAAUCACAAUAAUGUGUAUUGUGCAUAUUUUCUUUUUCAGUGAUUAUUGAUGAUCUGUUUUGAACUGAGAGAUUCUAGGUUGAAAAGUUAAAGAACAACAUUACUUCUGAUUUCAAGUUAAUUUUCAAACGGUAGCUCUAUUUUCUCAUAUAUAUAAUCAUAAUCAAUCAUACACGGUUGUUUUCCUGAAAACAUAACACUGGAUACUCUAAAAUAUGAACUACAUGUGAAAUGUAAGCCUGGAGAAUGUGUACAUGUAUAAUAGAAUCACACUUCAAAUUUCAGCAUAUGGAAUCUAUAUUCAGCAAAUAUUGGUUUAAUAAAGUUUUUUGUUUUGUUA